AUGCAAAUUGAAAUUGAUGCUUUGGAGCGUAACGGCACUUGGAAAGCUCGAGUAGAGGUUCGCGGAGAUACUCAAGUGGCAGGUAUUGAUUAUGACGAGACGUUCGCUCCGAUAGCUAAACUAGUAAGUGUACGGACGUUUCUUGCCAUAACCGUAAUUGAAGGGUGGGAGAUCCACCAACUCGAUGAAAACAAUGCGUUUCUCCAUGGUGAUCUACGUGAGGAAGUUUAUAUGCGUCUUCAACCAAAUUUUUCUUCGUCUCACCCGAACAAAUUUCUGCAAGUACCUCGACAAGAACAUUUAGAUGUUGUAUAUUGUGUCCUCCGCUAUUUGAAUGGUUCUCCGGGGCAGGGUAUUCUCUUUAGGUCCGAUAGCUCUCUUCAGUUAUACGCAUUUUGUGAUGCUGAUUGGGCCGCUUGCCCCAAGACUCUUCGCUCUCUCACGGUGUACUACGUGCAGCUUGGGACAUCUCACAUAUCUUGGAAAACGAAGAAGCAACCAACGGUUGCCCGUUCAUCCGCCGAGGCAGAAUAUCGAGCUAUGGCUAUGACCACUUGUUCAUCAGUUGGUCAGCAUGUAUGA